CAGGCGCUGCGGUUUCUCGACUAGUGGAUUGGCGCUCCUGACGCCUCUGCGCUGCGCAUCAUCAAGCCGCGCCGCUCCCGGAAGUGACGACACCUGGUGUGAGCUGCGAGUUGCGCCGAAUCCGAGACUGGAGAUCCCAAGCCAUGUUGCCUUCGGGCGUCAUCGGUCGGCGUCGCCGCAGGAAGUGACAGAAACUCCUGGCGCGCGCCGGGCGGUGUUUCUUCUGUUUCGGGGACCGGCGGCGGCGGCAGCGGCGCAGGGUGUUUUAACUCAAAUGGGUGAUGAAAAGGACUCUUGGAAAGUGAAAACUUUAGAUGAAAUUCUCCAGGAAAAGAAACGAAGGAAGGAACAAGAGGAGAAAGCAGAGAUAAAACGCUUAAAAAAUUCUGAUGACCGGGAUUCCAAACGGGAUUCCCUUGAGGAGGGGGAGCUGAGAGAUCACCGAAUGGAGAUCACAAUCAGGAAUUCACCGUACAGAAGAGAGGACUCUACGGAAGACAGAGGAGAGGAAGAUGACUCUCUGGCUAUCAAACCACCCCAGCAAAUGUCUCGGAAGGAAAAGGCCCAUCACAGGAAAGAUGAAAAGAGAAAAGAAAAGCGCAGGCAUCGUAGCCAUUCAGCAGAAGGAGGUAAGAAGUCUUUGUUUUCUUGGAUGUUGUUGUUAUAUCCUUCAUGAUCUUCCUUCUCUAGA